AUGGAGGAGCAUCCCACAGGUUUCAGGUUCUAUCCGACGGAAGAAGAACUGAUUUCUUUUUAUUUGCACAACCAGCUUCACGGCCUUAAGCAGGACAAGAUUCACCGCGUCAUCCCCGUCCUUGAUAUUUUCGACACUGAGCCAUGGAAUCUCCCACAGCAUGCGGGAGAGCUGUGCAGAGAAGACAGAGAGCAGUGGUUCUUCUUUGCGCCCAUGCAGGAGAGGGAGGCCAGAGGAGGGCGGCCCAGCCGGAGCAUGGCCACCGGCUACUGGAAGGCCACCGGGCCUUCUGGCUACGUCUACUCGUCUGACAACAAGGUGAUCGGCGUGAAAAAUUCAAUGGUUUUCUACUUGGGAAAACCUCCCACAGGAAGAAAAACCCAAUGGAAAUUGAACACGUAUAGGGCCAUUGAACUCCCGCCUACCCUCAAUUCCACAAGCAGUUCCACUCCUAAGCUAAGCCGUGAAUUCUCGUUGUGCCGAGUGUAUGUGGUAUCCGGGUGCUCUCAAGCAUUUGAUCACCGGCCACCAGACGCAAUGGCUGGAGAGACAACAAUCCAAGGUGGCGACGAUGCUGCUAGCAGUGGAGGUGCUAAAUGCGGAGAUGCAUCAUCAUUGGGACAAGUAGUAGCCAAUGCAAGAAGUUCCCAUCCAUGGGAGACGGCAAGUUUGGAAGAACCAAUUUGGGACUGGGAGCAACUUAAUUGGCUCUAA